AGCACAACUAAAUAGCCACAGCCAAUAAAUAAAAGCUGUCAGUCGACAAUAAGAACAACAAUGGGAAUUAGUCUGAUUUACAGCAUCAAUAGUAUCUUACACCAGUGUUUUUUAUUAAAUUGUUUUAUAUAACAGUGCUGUUGUUAGUAUGACGGGAAAAAACAAAACCGAAGUUUUGGAGAAGGUUCAAAUUCCAAACCACGUCAACUCAUCGGUCGUGGCACCCACAGAGGUCUCUAUCUGGCACAAAGAAGCUGAAAAAUACUUGAAACAUCAGAGUAUUUAUUACAGAUAAUCCUGCAACAUUGUGACCUCAGUCAGAAGUCUGCACAGUAAUGCCAGUUUUCCCCUGAUAGACCUUCUCUCAAAAUGGACUCAGCCUGCUUCCUUGUUGAUCCAUCAGCCUCUGCACCUGCAGAACUGCAGUCUGAUUUCAUCCCUGUAAACGGAGCUUCAUCUAGUGAAGUAAGUCUCACUGCAACAGCUCCACCAGGGUCAGAAGUGGAGGAUCUUGAUUCCUACAACCCGAUUGAACCUCCUCCAUUAGACUGGAGGUCAGACUCUUCAAGUGAGGCAGGUUCAGCUGAUCUGGAUGACCCCAGUUUGCAUCCCCCUGCUGACAGUCUGGACAAAGAAAGCAUUGGAGAGUCAGUGUUGCCAACUUUGGAUGUGAGAGACAUUUUAAUUCCAUUUGAUGCAAACCAGCAGGUGCUUCUAGAAAAUAUAACAGAGCCUGUCCAAGAUGUAGAGGUAGAAGUGGACGAAGACGAUAAAGCAGUUGAAGAGGAGGUGAAGGGGAGGUCUGGAGAUGGACAGAGAGACCAGGAAGUGGUGACAUUUAGAGACACUGAAAAGAGAGUUUAUGAAGAGGAAAUUGACUAUUCCAACACAGGAUCAAGUGAUGAAGACCACAGCCGCAUCCACACCCUGCUAAGCCAGCUCCAAUUGAGGGACAAAGGGCCCGAUCCUUGUCAUCAUGCAUCCACUUACCAUCACUACUCCAGCCUGUCUGAGCCAGUUGCAUAUGCUUCCCCACAAUUAACAGACGACAGCACUGAAACCACAGGCCUGCUGUUCUCAGAAAACCACCAGAGGGACCUGCUGGGAAUGUUGCAGUGUACAGAUAUCAGUGCUACACCCCAUGCCACUUGUCUGCCUUACAGAGGUGAAGUGGACGCUGUAGUGUCAAUUUCCUACAGCCAGGAGGAUGCUCAGAGGUUCUGGAUGCAUUAUGAGAACAGUCAACAGCAGCGAUCCAGGGACGACUCCAUCAGUAGUCUGCCUGAUGACAAGUAUCCUGAGCCAGUCUGGAUGAAGAUGGGGGAAGAGCCUCCAGAGGAUGAGGCUGCUGCAGAGAGUGAACAGAGUCCUGAUGACCACCCUUCAUAUAAAGAUGUACCCGGGCCUUGUGACCCUGAAGACUUGUUGGAUGGAGUUAUAUUUGGUGCAAAGUAUCUGGGCUCCACUCAAAUCAAAUCAGAGAGAAACCCUUCAACAAAUGCUCGCAUGGCCCAAGCACAGGAGGCCGUGGACAGAAUUAAGGCUCCGGAGGGAGAGUCUCAGCCAAUGACAGAAGUGGAUCUGUUCAUUUCCACUCAGCGAAUCAAAGUGCUUUCUGCUGACACACAGGAAGCCAUGAUGGAUCAUGCUCUGCAGAUGAUCUCUUACAUAGCAGACAUCAGCGACAUUGUGGUCCUGAUGGCACGAAGGAAACACAAAGGGCAGGAUGAUGACCUGCCUUCUAAAACUUCUUCGUCAUCACCCUCUGUGUCUCAGAAGAAGUGCACAAUGAUCUGCCAUGUCUUCUCUUCAGAGGAUGCUCAGACCAUAGCCCAGGCUAUUGGGCAGGCAUUUGGAGUGGCUUACCAGCAGUUCCUUCAGACUAAUGGCAUCAAAGCCAGCGAUCUGAGGCCCGGGGAGUACAGUGACUACCUGGAAAGUCAAGAGCUCUACAAUGGAGACCUGGCCCACUUCUCUGACUCUCAAAACCUCCGAGAUAUAGUCAUCACCAAGACUCCUGGAGAGAUCUUGGGUCUUGCGGUGGUGGAAUCGGGCUGGGGCUCUAUCCUUCCCACCGUGGUGGUGGCCAACCUCCUUCAUGGUGGACCAGCUGAACGCUGUGGUGAGCUCAGCAUCGGUGACCGCAUCAUGUCUGUAAACGGCACCAGUUUGGUGGGUCUGCCUAUAACCACCUGCCAGAACAUCAUCCGGGACCUGAAAAGCCAAAAGUAUGUGAAGCUCAGCAUUGUCCACUGCCCCCCAGUCACCAUGGCGAUCAUUAAGAGACCAGACCCCAAGUUUCAGCUGGGUUUCAGUGUGGAAGAUGGCAUUAUCUGCAGUCUAAUGCGGGGUGGUAUCGCAGAGAGAGGAGGAAUACGUGUCGGGCACCGCAUCAUUGAAAUCAAUGGACAGAGUGUUGUUGCAACGUCACAUGACAAAAUUAUCCAGAUCCUGACAAAUGCUGUUGGAGAGAUUCACUUGAAGACUAUGCCGGCCUCGACGUAUCGACUCUUAACAGGACAGGAACAGCCAGUGUUUCUUUGAUAAAAUCCUGCUUCACAAGGACAUAAACAACACACAGUGUUCAUGCUACGAAAGCUGUUGCCAAACUCAGAAAAUAUUACGUUUGUAUAGCACAGCAUAUUAUAGACUGUUGUCGCACCACUGCUGCCACAUGAUAAACUAGUUUAGUUAUAUAUCUUUAAGAUGUAAACUACGUUUGAAUAUGAGAGCAUUAUUUGAAAUGAAACGGAUAGAUUGCAGCUGUCCCUUUGUAUUUAUCAGAUAUUUUCAAUAUUUAACAAUUCAGGUAAUUGUUUUUUAAUUCAAACUUAGAGCUUAGUCUUGAGAUACAUCAAGUAUAGAGCACCUGGAAAGUCUUUAGGCCUGACGUGUUCUCAACAUGCCUGUGGUUUACAUGUUUAAAGGGGUAACUUUAUUCAAUUAGGAUAAAGAGUAUGUUUUUAUUAUCCGCUUUCUUUUUCUCGCAUAUAUAUCACUAAGUGUCUGGUACAAGUGUCAGAGAGUGCUCUGGUUCAUUUAUGCAAUGUUUCAUUGACUGUGUCUGACAUGAAGCAGAUACUGUAUGCACAAUUAAAGGUGACUGCCUUAUGUGAUAAAGAGAUGCUUAUAUUUUUAAGUAUUUGUUGGUAUGAACUUUCAUUAAAAUGGUCUUUAAUAUAUCUUUAUGAUGUUCUUCAUUAAGAGGCUGUGGGCAUUGUAUAAGUUUGAGAUACAAUACUGCAUUUAAGUUGCUGGCUACAGAUAGAAUUUAAGAAUGAUAACUAUAAAGGCUGAAUUUAAGACUUUAGCAUUGAAAAUGUACUGAAUACCUUCAACAGUCUUAGUCUAAAUUUUAUAUACAAUUUGAAAAAAAUUCCUAUUAAG